AUGGCCGACUCAAGUAACGAAAGCUUACCUGAUCCUUGCUUUCAAUGCCGAUCACGUAAAACUCAUCCUGCAAGACGUCGCGGGGCACAGGCAUGUCUGAAUUGUCGUCUGCAGAAGGCUCGUUGUUCAGGUGAACUGCCACGGUGCAUUAACUGCCAGAGGCGGAAUCGAGAAUGUCGGUAUCCAUCAAGACAGGCCCGUCACUCGCCGCACAAAUCGGGUGAGCCAUCCAGGAUAACAUAUGUAAAGCAAGUUACCGGAUCAGAGUUGGAGCAAGGAUUGGUAUAUCCUGUCAAAGACAGUUCCGAGCUGGAGACAAUCCUGGAUAACUAUUUUUUGCAGUUAUAUCCUCUGCCAUCAUACAGUUUUCUCCAUGAACCGUCCAUUCGACGAAUGUGCACCGAGCAAACGCUAGAGCCAAGUCUAGUAAUAGCAAUAUGCGCCAUCGUCAAGCUGCGCUGUAGACCAACGGGGUCUGUACCUUAUGAGAGCGCACCAAUGGUCGAGCUGGCAGAAAAGCGGAUCUGGGAUCAGCUUGAAAGACCAUCCAUCUUCAGACUGCAAGCGCUGUUUCUAAUUAUUCAGUACCAUGCCGAAGUUGGCCGGGUUGAAAGAGCCUUCAUGAUGGCUUCCAUUGCCAGUCGCCAUGUAGCCGCUCUGAAGCUGAACCAUGAAAGCCCACACCUAGGUUUCAUAACUCAGGAGAUCCGUCGCAGGGCCGUGUGGACUAUGGCGCUUCUAGAUGGUUACUUCUCCGUUGGCCUGCCUGGAUAUAGUACCAUCAACUACGAGGAGAUAUACCUGCGAUUUCCAUGUCGCGAAGAAACGUUUGGAUCGCCCGUCCCAGAGGGAAUGGGCUUAUCGGUACCGGAGACCCCCCAGGUUGAGCCGACCCAAGACUCUCACAGUAUGCUCGAAUUAAUCUUGCGCAUCUCCAAAAUUCGAAGAGAUAUUAUGCGACUUACCAGACAAUUAGCCCUUGUGGAACAUCCCCUGAGAGAACUUCAGAGCAUUCUACAAGGGCUUCGACUCAGUCUAUCACAGAUCGAGGGAGAAAUCACGUCUGCCUUCGGCCCAUCGACCUCUGGUUCCAUAGGUAUUCAAUGGGAGUCUCGAUGGUUUAUCCGAGUCAUGGAAAUCCGUCUGGCAUGGCAUCAAGCAUACUGUGAUUUGUUUCGCCUUUUCAUACCCGGUCAUCCAAAUUCGGCUCCUGAUGUUGUCCUGCGCUCCAUGGAGCCGAGCACAUAUGUAGUCCAGGCUAGGGUGAUCUGCGAGGAACACAGCGAUUGGAUCGUAAACUCUAUUUCCGAGGUUCUGGAGAAAGGUGUUCAGGGCUUCUUUUCGUUCGACAUUGCCAGAUGCACUUAUCAAGCGACAAGCCUCAGUCUUUUUCUCGCCCACAUGGCCAGCGCAAGAUCGAGCUUGGUACCAGAAGCAGUGAUCAGGAACGCCGUCUCAAGCCUGAAGUUCCUGCAGGAAAACUUUGCAUCAUCAGCUCACGUACAGAGAAUGAUUUCAGAUCUCAAAGAUUUGAUCGGAGCUUACGAGACGCGUGGUAGCCAACUUGAAGCAGCCUUGGCGCUUAAUUCCCUCCGAUCAUCGGGUGACGCGGUUGAGAGACAUUUUCAGCUCUCCGUGCACAGCCUGAUCCAUCAGGCCCAUUUUAUCGAUGACAGCUAUCUUUAUGAGAGGUGA